GGUUCGGGUCGCGGGGCGGAGGGAAGAGCGGGCGGGCGGGAGGCGCCGGCGCCAGACGCGGAGGAAAGAAGCUACGACUAGCCACCUAGAGGCCGCGGAGUCAGCGACGACCGAACCAGUCGAGCCGCCGCCGCCGCCGCGCCCCCAUGGCGGCCGCCAAGGACAGUCAUGAGGACCAUGACACUUCCACUGAGAAUGCAGAUGAGUCCAACCACGACCCCCAGUUUGAGCCAAUAGUUUCUCUUCCUGAGCAAGAAAUUAAAACACUGGAGGAAGAUGAAGAGGAACUUUUUAAAAUGCGGGCCAAGCUCUUCCGAUUUGCUUCGGAGAAUGACCUCCCAGAAUGGAAGGAGCGAGGCACUGGCGAUGUCAAGCUCCUGAAGCACAAGGAGAAAGGGACCAUCCGCCUCCUUAUGAGGAGGGACAAGACCCUGAAGAUAUGUGCCAACCACUACAUCACACCAAUGAUGGAACUGAAGCCGAAUGCUGGCAGUGACCGUGCCUGGGUCUGGAACACCCAUGCUGACUUUGCUGAUGAGUGCCCCAAGCCGGAGCUACUCGCCAUUCGAUUCCUAAAUGCUGAGAAUGCACAGAAGUUCAAAACAAAGUUUGAAGAGUGCAGGAAAGAGAUUGAAGAGAGAGAAAAGAAAGGACCAGGCAAAAAUGAUAAUGCUGAAAAAGUGGCUGAAAAGCUGGAAGCUCUUUCUGUAAAGGAGGCUGGAGAUGAGGCAGAAGCAGAAGAGAAAUCAGAGGAGAAGCAAUGAGUCGUCCUCUCCUUUUCCUUUCUUUCUUUUCUUUACUUUUUUUUUUUUUUUUUGAUUUUGCCCUGCCCUUCCUUUUUGGUUUGUUUUUAUUCUGUUUUGUUUUUACAAGGGACUUUAUAUAAAAAGAACUGAAUUCCAACAUUCAGGUUGUUUUUUUUUUGUUUAUUUUUGUUUUUCCUAAGUUUUUACCCUACUGAAGAUGACUUCAGAAAAUCCAUUCCCCAGUCAUGAAAAUGUACUGUGCUAACUUUCUUUUCCAUAGUGGAAACACUUAUUUAUAGUCAUCAAAAUAGUGAAUAAAAAACGCCUUUGAAA